UCUCUCACACAUUCUUCCUAUAAAUGGCGACGUUUACGGGAGGGCGUUACCAGUGUGUACUCCUGACUGGAAUGGUGAUCAUUAAUUAUUUGGAGCUUGGCAUUCUAAAAUCUUUUGGUGUCUUCAUCGAUGAUAUCUCAUUGAGUCUAGGUGUGUCAACUGGAUUGAUAGGAACAGCGAUUGGCGUGUCACAUGGACUCACGCAGUCAAUGGCUAUCGUUUGUCCCUGGUUAAUGUCACGCGUCUCUAUGAGGAAGUUAGUAAUUUCUGGAAGUAUUGUGGGCUCUUUAGGAAUCAUCCUGGGGUCUUUUUCACAGACGGGAACCCACUUUUUACUGUGUCUCAUCCUGUCAGGUAUAGGGUAUGGUGUGGUUAUGUUUCCAGCAUACGCGAGUCUUCUCUACUACUUCCCUGCCAAAUACAAGACUGUGACUGCCGUGAUUUUUACUGCUGGGGGUGUCGGGAUGAUGACCUUACCAAUCCUUACUGAAGCACUCCGACGGGUCUACUCCUGGCGUGGUGCUAUGCUUCUGUUGGGUGGAAUCAGUACCAACUGUGUAGCAUGUUGUGCCCUCCUGCAGCCCAUAAGAUAUCCGUCCUCUCGUUUAGACAAUGAUGGAGAUAUAUCAGGUUCAAAUAGUAUCCAUGCUGGAGAGGCUAUCGGCGAUGACGACGAUGGCGCUGAAUCAAAUACUUUGCCGCUCCUCAACUCGAAUGGCAACAGAAUGUCAUCUUCCAACGAGAGAGAACCACAAUCCCCACUCAAAGAACUUUGCCGAAGACACCCUCUUUACCUGACCAUCGUAGUCUCCAUCGUACUAACCGUACUAACAUUUUCAUUUGACAAUUAA